AUGAAGUGCACCAUUCCUCUUGCGCCUCUGCUACUGAGCAGCGCCGUCUCGGCUGCCUCGCUAUCUUCUCUACCUGUCGAGCUCGAGACACGAUCCGAGCUUGACUCUCGGCUUGCCAAUGUCCACAUAACUCGCCGUGGCGAGGUCCAAGGAGCCGUGACCUAUACUUACGGCGCAUGCACCAGCUUAGACAAGCGAGAUGCUCACCACACCAUCUCCAGAGCCGCGCGACCCCGCAAGGGAGUCGACUCACGACUCGUCUGGGUUGCACCUGAAGAUGUCUCCUCGGGAGGGUGCAUAUCGGCCUGGGACUCGACUGACAAGCUGGUCGGCCGCAGCAGCCCACAGCACUUCACGUCGGACCUCAAGAGACGAAAGCGGAGUGGGCCGAGCAGUAUUGAGAUGAACCGCGAGGAUGGUUUCGAUACUUGGGGCCCCUGGUUUGAUGGUGUGGCUCUGCUCGAGGCGAAAGCACUCGCCGAUGUCGACGUCGCUGCGGCCAAGAGCAAGACUGUCGGCAUUGCAGGAGCCGGGAUGUCCGGUCUCAUGACCUGGCUCGUCUUGCACCAGUCUGGCUUUACGAACCUGACAAUCCUCGAAGCUGGCCAGAGACUCGGCGGUCGCGUCAGGACCGAGUAUCUCACCGGAGGUCCCUUUGACUACUCGUACCAGGAGAUGGGACCCAUGCGUUUCCCCAAAGAAAUCACCAUCAAGAACCAGACCUACAAUAUCACAGACCACCAGCUGGUUUUCCAGCUCGCCGCCGAGCUGAAUGAGCUGAACAACCACGCAGCUAACUGGAGUGUCGACUUCAUCCCCUGGAUCCAAUCUACUCCCAAUGGCCUGUCAUACAAGAACGGCUUCAAGCUGCCCGACACGGGCAUGCCCCCGACGCUGGCACAGAUCAAGGCCAAUUCAUCGCUUGGCGGCCCUCCUAUGAUCAUUGAUGCCGCCACACAAACACUCCAGGAAAAGAUUGACGCCAUCACCAGCGAUGAAGACCUCAUGAUUGCCGUGGCCACAAACAUGCACAAGGCUCAUAGCGAGUUCCUCGCUGCAGGCCUCGGUGGAAAGGGCGGGGAUUCAUGGUCCGAAUUCGGAUACAUGGUCAACUACCUCAACGCCACGCUCAACUCGACCGCCAUCGUCGGUGGCGACAGCUCCUCCUUCUGGGGGACCAUAUACGACAACGUCUACUUUAGCGCGUCGGCCUGGCGCACCAUUGACGGCGGUCUGUCCCGCUUGCCCGCUGCCUUCCAUCCUCUGGUCGACGGCGUCACGCGGAUGGGCAACUGGGUCGACGGCUUCUCCUUCGACUCGUGCAAGCAGAAGGUCUCGCUGUCCCUGAAGAACAAAAAGGCAGAGGAAUUCGACUACGCCAUCAUCGCCAUGCCCUUUUCGCAGGUGCGCAAGUGGCGGCUGCCACAAUGGCUUCCCUCGACGAUCACCAGCGCGAUCAAGAACCUGCCGAUGGGCGGUGCUUGCAAGGUCGCGCUCGAGUACCGCACGCGGUUCUGGGAGCACCUCGAGAACCCCAUCAUCGGCGGGUGUUCCACGACCACGGACAUCCCCGGCGUGGGUAGCGUGUGCUACCCCUCGGGCAACAUCAACGGCACCGGCCCGGCCACCAUCCUCGCGAGCUAUGCGAGCGGGGACUGGGCCACGCGGUGGUUGUCCUUCAGCGAGGAAGAGCAUGUGCAGUACAUGGUUGACGCGAUGGCGGAAAUCCACGGCGACGUGGCGAGCAGGGAGUACACUGGCAAGUACAACAGGAAGUGCUGGUUCUUGGACCCCUUGGCGAGUGGCAGCUGGGCAGAGCCCGAGAUAGGGCAGCAUCAGCUGUACUUGCCAGAGUAUUUCAAGACGUACAACAAUAUCAUCUUCGUGGGAGAGCAGACUAGCUAUACGCAUGCUUGGAUCGCAAGUGCACUAGAGUCCGGUGUACGCGGCGCGGUGCAGCUGCUGUUGGAGUUGGGCCUGGUCGAUGAGGCGAAAGCUGCUGUCACUAAGUGGAUGGCGAGAUGGAUCGAGGUCUAA